UCUGUAGAGGAAGGAGUGAGGUAUAGUCACGUAUAGCCUCGGUGUAUAGCCUCGGUGUGUGUAGAAUAUUAUUGCCUUGGUGUGUGUAGAAUAUCGGAGAUAAAAAAUGACUGAAAGAAUGGCUGAGGACGAGAUUGUUCCCUUGGUAACCCAAGACAAGACCUCCUCUACUGAUUUGUUUAGGAUUGUUCUGGUGGGUAAGACUGGAGCAGGGAAGAGUGCAACCGGAAACACCAUCCUGGGGAAAAAGGUGUUUGAAGUGAAUGCCUCUCUUAAUUCUGUGACAGACAAGUGUUACAAAACAAUUGGAGAGGUUUGUGGGAUGCGGGUGCAUAUUGUUGACACUCCUGGCAUCUUCGACACAGUGAAGACAGAUGAAGAAGUGAAAAAGACAGUAGGGGAGUGUGUCAACUUGUCUGUUCCGGGACCCCACGCAUUCCUGCUGGUGAUCAGGCUGGGGGGGAGGUUCACAGAGGAGGAGAGGAACACCGUAAAGUGGAUCCAGGAGAACUUUGGAGAGGACGCUUCAUUGCACACCCUCUUGCUGUUCACCUGUAAAGAUCAGCUGAAUGGUCAAGAAGUAGUCAACGUUCUGAGAAAGUCCAAGGAUGUACAGAAACUUCUCAACACCUGCGGGGGCAGGUAUCACUCGUUCAAUAACAACGAUAAAGACCCCACUCAGGUUACAGAGCUUCUGGAGAAGAUCAAAGACAUGGUGGAGAACAAUGGCGGAAAUUACUACACCAAUGACAUGUAUGAGAAGGCUCAGAAAAAGAUCAAAGAGGAGGAGGAGAAGAGGAAAGCGGAGGAAGAAAAGCAGAGGCAGGAGCAGGAAAGAAUCAUAGAGCAAAGAAUAAGACAGGAGGGAGUAGAGAAGGGGAGGAGAAAGAAGAUGUUCUUUGUGAUAUUUCUUGGUGCUACUCUGUUAUUCAUAGGAGGGGUGUAUUUAGUAGCUACUGUAGGGGGAACCGUGGGAAAUGCUAUUGGAAUAACAUUAAUUAUUGUAGGAGUAGCAGGUGUCAUAAUAGCAGGUGUCAUAAUAGCUAUGAUUUUCAAGACACAAAGAAGUGGAGCUGGCACACUUGCCUCAGUGUAAAAUUGGGCCUGUUCCAGACACAUCUGAAACCUGGCACCUAUGAACCUAAUGAGAGCCAGGCGGAGCUGUGCCCUUGCAGCUUUGGUUUUUCCAAUUUUUUUUAUUAUAAUGAAUUUCUUUGGUCCACAUACAUUUUUCCAACAACAUAAGUAAUCAACUGCAAAAUCAGACAACCCCAUUGUGGAAUAGUUUACCUAUUCAAUUGGUCAACUUGUCGCAUUCUAUGUGAGAAAAUAAUAUUUAUCUUGAGGCGCUUUCAAAUUGAGAGUGCCACAAGGAAAGAAACUUGCAUGCCCCAGUCAUUGCACAACAUUCAGCUUUGAUGACUACUGUUAAAAAGAGGAGGAUCACAGCUUUCUAGUGCAUCUACAUUUUAUUUCUGAACUCCAGAAAAUGUGCGGACUGCACCCUAUUAAAACCAGAGUUUUUAGCAACAGCUGGGAUGAUCUGUUUUAGAGCUCGCCAAUGGCGUUGAAUGCAUAGGGGAGUCCGAUGCUAUAUGUAACUUGAAUGAGUGCCAGUGGAAUGUUUUUUUUUCGGGGACAUUCAAUUCAUCAAUACAUUGCUAAGUAGCAAUAAGUUAAGGUUUAUACUUUGUGAUCUAGCUAAUGAUAUAGCCACUAAAUCAUCAGCUACAGGUAAAACUUGUUAUUGAUAAAUAGCACACCUGCUUGCUAAUAUGAACCAAUAUGUUAUUAGAUCAUUUCUGGAGGGGGUAUUUAUAUUUUAGAUGGUGACAGCAUAAUUGCAUUUUUAUUCAUUUUGGAGUAGAAUACUUUUGAAAAGUCCCCAGAACGGACCUUCGUUCUAAAAAACGUUUUUUAGGUCCCUCUGCGACCUUGCCACCAUUGCUACAAAAAAAAUCCAGGGAAACACUUACCAAUGUUUUAGUUGUUACAGCUUUGGAAACUUACUUUUGUUUACCACUUUGUUCAAUUAUUCUUUAGUCCUUUAACAGUGCCUUCAUUUUCAUAAAAUAAUAAUGAAAAUAUUUUGGGUGUAGAAGCUUAAAUAGCAAUGAAGUUACCAAAUAAACAUCCCUGUGUGUACAUGUUUAUUGAACCUUUAUUCAACUAGGCAAGUCAGUUAAUGAACAAAUUCUUAUUUACAAUGACGGCCAAACCCGGACGACGCUGGCCCAAUUGUGCGCCGCCCUUUGGGACUCCGAUUCACGGACGGAUGUGGUAUAGUCUGGAUUCCAACCAGAGACUGUAGUGACACCUGUUGCGCUGAGAUGCAGUGCCUUAGACCGCUGCGCCACUCAUGUUAGUAAAAACAGGAAUUCAUAAUUGUUUUUGUUAACAAAAGGGAAUUAUGAAAUGUUUGUGACUUUAGCUGAAUUUCCAGUGGAAUAUGUUUUAUAUAUGUUUUAUAUAUCUAGUUGCACAUUGAUUAAAACAAAUAAAAAGUGAAAGUGAAA